AUGAUUGCUACAACGAAAAUGGAAGGAAUAAGCAUGAAAAAACAGAACUGUUUGUUGAUAACCCUGCCCUCGUGGCCGGCGGCUGCCCCGAGCCUGCUACGGGACUGCAGGGCCUGGGUGGAGAAGGCGCUUCCCUCAGACCUUUUUGCUGGCUUUCCGGGCCCUUCUUGGGGACCGGCCUUGGUGGUGCAGGGCCCAGCUAUCCUCUUGCGGCCGACAACCGAUGCUGGCACUGGGGCCGAGGCUGCCGGCUUUUUAGAUGGCAUCCUUUGGAUGGCGGUGCCCAAGAACAGGUGUUUAGUCGAAGUGAAUCGAUGUAGGAGAAGAAAUGUCCAGAAGCUAAUUAAAGUCAAGAACAAUAUAGAUGUGUGCCCUGAAUGUGGCCAUCUGAAACAAAAGCAUGUCCUUUGCGGUUAUUGCUAUCAGAAAGUCUGCAGCGAGACUGCAGAAAUCAGGAGGCAGAUGGGGAAGCAAAAAGGGGGGCCCUUUAAGGCCCUCACUGUUGAGCCUGUGGUAUUAUACCAAGGCGAAGCUCCCUCGGUAGAAGAUCAAGGCAAGAGAAUCAUCGAGUGAGACUGGAAGUGCCCAUCCUGGUUCAUUAGGAAUUGAUGCUCAGGUGUGUUCAGAGAGGAUCAUUCCACAUUAAACAGGACUCUGGAAACAAACAAACAAAAAGACUGUUGCAGAGGAGGUGAUGCCCCGCAUCUGCUGAGGGAGUUUGCUCACCCAGGAGCUGAGUAUACCAGGGAAAUUAUAGGCACAAGCCCUGUGCUUGUCUCACUCAGUAGGACAGGCCCUCCCCAGAUCAUCAGCCCCUUGAGGGCAGGAUCUGGGUCAUCUCUAUUUUGGGAGGCAGCUUGGCAGAAAGUGUGCUGGGUUUGGAGUCGUGAGACCUGGGUUUGAAUCCCACCCCAGACAUUCAGUGGCUAGGGGACCAGGAGCAAUUCACUAAAUCUCUCAGAGCCUCAGUCUCUCCAUCUAGAAAAGAAGGAAAGUAACAGGUUGACUAUGAACUUAAUAGGGUUGUGAGGAAAGUGCUUUAACUUUAAAGUGCUCUGUGAUAGGAGUUUGUAUGCUCAUAGCCCCAGGCCUAGUCCAGUGCCCACA